CCCCGCGGCCAUGCGGGAGCAGCUGGAGCGGAGCCUCGGCGAGUGGCGGGAGCUGGAGGAGGAGUUCCGGCAGCUCCAGGAAACACACAAAGUUUACAGGCAGAAACUGGAAGAAGUCACCAGCUUGCAGACAGCCUGCAGCAGCUCCAUACAGCGGCAGAAGAAGACACUGAGGGAUCUGAAGCACAGCCUGCAACGGUGCAAGCCCAGAGCGAGUCCGGAGGAGUUUGCUCUCAUUCAGGAGAUCAGCAGCCAGAUCAAGGAGAGGCAGAAUGCCUUCUUUGACAUGGAAGCCUACCUGCCCAAGAGGAAUGGCCUGUACUUAAAUCUGGUGCUGGGAAAUGUGAAUGUCACUCUCCUGAGCAACCAGGCAAAGUUUGCCUACAAGGACGAGUAUGAGAAGUUCAAACUUUAUCUGACAAUAAUCUUGUUACUGGGGGCUGUUGCCUGCAGGUGUUUUCUCCACUACAGGGUGACAGAUGAAGUGUUUAACUUUCUGUUGGUGUGGUAUUACUGCACGCUGACGAUACGGGAGAGCAUUCUCAUUAGCAAUGGCUCAAGGAUCAAAGGCUGGUGGGUGUCUCAUCACUAUGUUUCCACGUUCCUGUCUGGAGUGAUGUUAACGUGGCCCGAUGGACUCAUGUAUCAGAUGUUUCGCAGUCAAUUUUUAGCAUUUUCAAUAUUUCAGAGCUGUGUUCAGUUCUUACAGUAUUAUUACCAAAGGGGCUGCCUCUACAGGCUCCGGGCUUUGGGGGAGAGAAACCACUUGGACCUUACAGUAGAAGGAUUCCAGUCCUGGAUGUGGCGGGGGCUGACGUUUCUCCUUCCCUUCUUGUUCUUUGGGCAUUUCUGGCAGCUAUACAAUGCAAUCACUCUUUUCAGAUUGUCAAGGCACAAGGAAUGCAAAGAAUGGCAGGUUUUGGUGUUGGCUUUCACAUUCCUGCUGCUGUUCCUCGGGAACUUCCUCACUACUCUCAAGGUGGUGCACACUAAACUGCAGAAGAACAAAGACAAGGUGAAGAAGCUGUGACUGCCCCUGUUGCCAGUGUGCAUCCAUGGCUGUGCCCCCAGCAGGGCUGGUGUGGGACAGACCCUGCUCAGCCCCAGCCAGGCCACGGAUGGGCUCGGAAGGACUCGCCUGUCCCCGUGCUUGGUAAAGGACUCUGCCAGCACAGACUCAGUAUUAAUGCAAGCAUGGCUCUCCAGUCACACUCCUGCUAUUUAUGUAUAUUUAAUAUAAAAUGUAUUUGCUUCUGGGGUUUUUGUUCUGUAUAUAGAGCAGCAUGCACCUGCCAGCGUUAGGGAAAAUGUGGGAUCUACUGUAAUUCCAAUUCUGGAAUGAUACCUGACACUUUGCAGUUUUAUUAUUUAAAUUCUGGGUAUUGAAUUUAUUGAGUUUUAUGAACACUCUGGGUGGAUCAGUAAUACAGAAUGAAUGCUGUUUUUCAAGGCAUUUGUUGAAGGCAUAUUCUCAGUGGCAAUACUAACCUGUGUGUACUGUGAAAAGAAAAUACUCAUCUUUGUACCAUACUGCUGCUAUAUACACUUCUAAAAAGCUAUUUAAAGAAGAGGAAUUCCUCCUUUGAAAACAAAAUCAUGCAAGCAAAAGCAGUUUUUAAAUGGCAGGGAAGUCUGCUAGCCCUUUUCCAGGGAGACCAGGUCAUUUGUCCGGGCCUGAAAGAAUCUAAAAUAAACCAUUCAAUAUGCAA